ACAAAAAUAUAUUUUACAUCUAAAAAAUUUGCAACAAGCUUUAAAAUAUGGAUUAGAAUUAACAGAAAGACACAGAAUCUUGCGUUUUCGCCAAUCAUUGUGGUUGAAAAAGUAUAUAGAUUUGAAUACAGAGAAGAGGAUGAAUGCAAGAAAUUCAUUUGAAAAAGAUUUCUUCAAACUCAUGAAUAAUGCAAUGUUUGGCAAAACAAUGGAAUCAGUGCGUAAAAGAAAAAAGUGUAAAUUGGUUGCAAAAUAUGAGGGAAAAAAUGGGGUUCGUAAUUUGAUUUGUUCUCCAUAUUGUAAAAAAUUUACAGUUAUUGGGGAUAAUUUGAUGGUAAUUGAAUUAAAUCAAUCUGAACUCAAAUUUGAUAAACCAAUUAUCGUAGGAGCGACUGUUCUUGAACUAUCCAAAUAUCCAAUGUUUGAUUUUCAUUAUGGAUGUAUGAAAAAAUGGUUCAAUAACAUUUCCCUUAUGUAUUCUGAUACAGACAGCCUUGUAUACCACAUAAUUAGAACAGACACAGUAAAUGAAAAAAAUAUAUAUGAAAGAAUAAAGGAGAGUAUUGACGUGUUUGAUACAUCAGAUUAUCCCGAAAAUAAUGUUUACAAAAUUCCUAGUGCUAAUAAAAAAGUUUUAGGAUGUUUCAAGGAUGAAAGUAAUGGUCAAAUAAUAACUCACUUUUGCUGUCUGAAAGCAAAAAUGUAUUCUUUCAAGACUGAGGCAAGUGAUGUUGUAAAAAAGGCUAAAGGUGUUGUCAAAUCUUGCUUAAAAAAAAUAUCUUUUGAAGAUUAUGUAAAUACUCUGUUUGACGAGGAAGGUGGUGCUUUAUAUAGUGAUAUGUAUAGAAUUCAAAGCAAAAAAUUUAAACUAUAUACAAUAAAGCAGAUUAAAAAAACUCUUUCUUCAGAAGAUGAUAAGCGUGUGGUUUUAGAAAAUAAAAUUAAUACAUUAGCUCUAGGUCAUAAGGAUAUUGUAACACAUUUAUAA